AUGGUUACUUUCACAAAGAAAAGCAUGGUGGAAAGAUGCCUGAUUGCUGCUUCUCUGGCUGCUCUGGUUUGCCAUCCCAGCUCCACCAUAAAGUGUUUCAAGCCCAAGCCAAGACCCAGAUCCCCACAGAAACAAAAACCAGAAGACCCUUCUGCUUCUCCACCAAAGGGUUCAAAACGACAUGGUGUUGUAAUUGGAAAGGAAGUGCCUUCAAAACCCAAGGAAAAACCAUGCCCCAAGGCAGCUUCUUCUUCUUCCUCUGCAAGCAAGUCCAGAAAAAGCACAAAGACGAAGGCAGAAAAACCCAUUAACUUGAUCUCGGAGCUUGUUGGAGGGGACCCUUCCAUUGGUGUUGUAGAGAGUAUUAUCCGCUCAGGUUGGGUUGGUGAAGUAGGCCUUAGAAUUGAGAAGGUGUUGAGGGUGCACCACAGUUCGGAUGUUCUUCAUGGUUUUGAAGAGUAUAGGAAGACGGUGAAAUCCAAGUACGAAAAGGAUCGGAUUCGUAAGAGGGUGGAGAGGUUGGUGGUUGAUGGGAAUGAGCUUCUGCAAUUCCAUGGCGCCGCCAUUACUUGUUCUUUAGGGAUCAAUGGUUUCUCAACCAUUUGUAAAAAGAAAUGCUGCCAAGUUUGCAGGAUAAUAGCUUCUGGGUUUGACACCGGAGAUGGGACUAUAUCGUUCGUCCACGACAGUUGGAAGGCACACGAGAAGGCGGCCAAGGAAUGUGCUGGGAAAGGAGAGUGUGCAAGGAAGGCCAUUGUGGUGUGUAGAGUGAUUGCAGGGCGCAUUGCUCAUUAUCAUGCACAUGGGCUCAUGGAUGAGGAAGAGGGUGAAUUUGAUUCUGCCAUGGAAUGGGGGGAGCAAUGUAGUAAGCCCAAAAGGCUUGUGGUUUUGAAUUCGGAGGCUGUGCUUCCAUGCUUUGUAAUCAUAUAUAAUGUCAAAAAUAAAAAUCUUCUCCAUGUUUAG